UUGAUCUGAGACCCACGUGGGACAGGAGUUUGCCUCAGUGACAGUUUAGGACCAUAAUCUCAAGCAUUUUAAAUUAUACGUACAGUAAAUAAUCCAUCGGGAUUGUUUAUGUUAAGAGUUUUAAAAAUAUAGUUCUAUCAAUUUAUUUCCCAAGAUGACUAAAGUGAAGAAAAGUAAACUUGAAACCCGCAAGAUGAAAAUCUCCCUAAGCGAGCAAGAGCCAACUCUUUUGAUGCCGGAUGCGAAAAGAAAGAAAAUGAUAAAAACACAGGAUACUGAAGAAAAAGCAAUGGAAGAUCUUGCAUGCCAGGGAGAAGAGGAGCUUACACCAGAAGAAAAGAGAAAGAUGGAAAGAAAACUUAAGAAGGAACGAAAAAAGGAAGAAAAACGGUUAUUGCGGGAAGCUGGUGUGUCAGUGGAAAAGAAGAAGCCUCAGAAGGCUUUAGCUUGCGACCUUGCAUUAAAAUAUCUGAGCAUGUGGUCUGAAAAACACAAGGAAUGGAGAUUUCAAAAGAUAAGACAAACUUGGCUUUUGCAGCACAUGUAUGAUUGUGACCAGAUUUCUGAUGAGCACUUUACUCUGCUGCUGGGUUAUUUGGAAGGACUGAAAGGAAAUGCUCGCGAUCUAACCAUUCAGAAAACGGAGGCGCUGAUUAAGGAAUCUGACGCUACAGAUGAUCCCACUGUGUUCAGCCAAAAGAAGAUUGAACGCAUGCGGCAAGUCCUCCAGAUUUUAUCUUGAAGCUUUGGAAUUAUCUCUCCGUUCAGUGAAGUUUUGAUAUCCUUAGCAAUGGAGAAUUUAUACUCAGAUGGAAUUUAUGCCGCUUUUUAAAAUAUAAUCUUUAUUUGAAUACUCUGGUGAAUGGUGUUUUCAUAAAGUUUGAUUUCUAAUUUCAGUGUUUGUAAUAAAGUUUACUUUUGUACUGGAUGUACUGUGCUUCCCAAUAAAAUCAAAGUGUU